AUGAAGAUGAGAGGAUCUGAUUAUCAGAAUCUACUGAUGAUGGUUAUAAUAGUUGUAACCGUUGCAGCGGCGGCUCGAGGUGAAGACGGGUUCGUGACAUGGGGGGAUAACUACUACACAACAUGGGGACACCCAGCUUUGGUUAUUAAUAAAACCUCUGAGCUCCACCUCACCCUAGAUCAUAAAUCUGGGUCCGGGUUUGAGUCCUACAAGGUAUACGGAUCAGGAUCUUUCAACAUGAGAAUCAAGUCACCCCAAACCAAAUCUACCAGAGUCAUUACUUCCUUCUACUUAAGAUCCAAAUCAAGCCGCCACGACGAGCUCUGUUUCCAGAUUUUGGGAAACGAGGAUGCGUAUUUGCUGAAUACAAAUAUAUUUGUAUACGGUGAAGGAAAUAAAGAACAGAGGUUUCGUCUUUGGUUUGAUCCAACCAAAGAUUAUCAUUCCUAUAGGUUUCUUUGGAACCCAUAUCAAGUUGUGUUCUAUGUAGAUGAUACACCGAUCCGAGUGUACAGGAAGGAUCAAGACAUUUACUACCCAUCGGUGCAGACCAUGUUCAUGCAUGGGAGUGUUGAAAACGGAUCAACAGUUAACCCCAAGGAGAUGCCUUACACUGCAAAGUUCCAGGCAUCAAAGAUUGAUGGGUGUGCAACUGAGUUUAUGAGUAUAGAGAAAUGCUUUGGUCCUCAAUUCUGGUGGAACCGCAAAGAGAAUUGGGUGCUAAGCUCAAGAGAGAGGAAACUUUAUGUGAAUGCAAGGAAGGUGUACCUGGAUUACGACUAUUGCUCUGACAGAAAGCGAUAUCCGAAGGUGCCUCAAGAAUGCAAAAGUUACGGUUAG